AUGUCUCUCUCAAAUCUAAUACUGAACAACAAAUAUCAGCUGGACCACAAGGUGGGCUCCGGCUCUUACGGUGUGGUAUACUCCGCAAGACACCUCUAUACGGGCAAAGUGUUUGGGAUCAAGGUCAUUCUAAAGAAGGACAAAUUGCUAUCACCAUCGACACACACAGAUGCCAGUUGCUCCAAGAAGGUGGUACUCGAGCUGGAAUGGAAAUUGGGCCAAGUGGGAUUGAAUUCGAACGGUCAACUGAAGGCCAAUCUACUGGACCUAGACCUGAUCUCGUCGUACGGCUACAAGUGCAAAAUAUUGAAAGAAAUCUCGCUCCAAUUGAAGGUACACAAACACCCGAACAUUCUCUCGAUUUACAAAGUUUUUGACUCGGAAUGGGCUCUUUUCGUGGUGAUGGACUAUUACCCCGAGGGUGAUCUCUUCAGUACCAUAGUCGACAAGAAGAGGUAUUCGCAGGACCCCAGGCUGCUGAAAUCCGUUUUCGUGCAGUUGGUGGAUGCCAUAACCUACUGCCAUUCCAAAAACGUGUACCAUUGUGAUCUCAAGCCAGAAAACAUCCUCGUUGCCGAGAACGGCACAAAGUUGAUUCUGGCUGACUUUGGACUAGCCGUGAUGGAUGGAGAGAUAGAGUCCAAUGUGUGCUGCGGCUCCUCCUACUAUAUGGCGCCAGAAAGGAUCCAGAAUCUGGGAGAUUGUUAUGACGAUGUGAAUAAUCAUGAGCUGCAUUUGGAGCGUCUGGCCAAUGAUGCUUUCAAGCUUCAGCACAGUCGUCAUAACGUCAAGUUCCCCACACUGGCUGGUGAUGUCUGGUCACUCUGCAUUAUCCUAAUCAAUCUGAUUUCUAUCAGAAAUCCAUGGUCCAAGGCAAGCAUUAUGGAUGUCACAUUUAAAGCGUUUAUGGAGGACAAUUCCGUGCUAAUGCGCAUCCUUCCUCUAUCGGAAGAGGUCUACCGUCUGUUGAAAAAAUAUCUGAGAUUGAACCCGUACGACAGACACUCAAUUUUCGAGCUUAGACAAGAUGUCAUCCGGGUCCCGAAAUUGUCCCAAUCCGGUCCUCUUUCCGAGGAAUGCAAUGUUGACGAUGACGAGUUGUUCCUGUGCCAGGUUCCUAUAGACCAUGUCAAGUUCAACCGUGAGACGUCAGAGGAUGAGGGUCUGGGCGAGCCUGAACCUUCCAGAAUGCAAGCAAAAGAUCACAGGAUGCAGGUGAAAGAACUUAUUAAUGAUUACAAGCUGGAAUUUCCGGACGAUAUAAUGGACGGUGGUCUUAAGGAUGCAAGCGAUUUUCAGGAAGAUGCGUUAGUGCCUGUUUCUUCGUCUUCUACGCCUGGAACUUCUGUUUCUGAUUACGAACCCACAAAAAGUUAUGUGGAGUUUCUAAGCCAGCAGAUUUAUCCUCCUGUACCGUGGAAAUAG